GAAACAGAAGGACCGCAGAACCAACAUGGCGAUAGGGAGAGCGGGCAGAAAUGCCAGUGUUCUGUCCUCUGUGCUCCUCCAAAUCCUGCUCUGCCUCUCUGCAUUCUAUAAUUUGUUCUACUACCUCGCCAGCCUCUGCCUGAUCAUCUACAAAAGCCAGGUGCUGAGUUACCCUGAUAGUGAUUUGGCUCUGGAUGUCUGUUUGCUCCUGCUUAUGGCUGCCCUGGAUAUCAUCAGAGUCUACUGGGGAGUGAGAGGCAACCUGCAGGAGAGUGAGAAAUAUGUAGGUGCCAACCUCAUCAUCACAGGAACCACACUGCUGUUGGCAGUGUAUUUCCUGGUGUGGCAGUCGUACGUGCUGAGAGCUGACGUCAUCAUUAACAGCAUCCUGCUCUGUCUCUACGGCCUCACUGGAGUUGUUGGCUUUGGAGCCCUCGCUCGCUUCACCAGUGCUUAUUCAUGAGACACUGGGUUUUUACCCUUGGCUACACUUCCUGUGACUUAUGGACUACAGAUUCCAUAAUGCAUGACUGCUCCUCUGCACAUCCUGUAGCUGCCCAACCAGCAUCAGUGUGAAGCAAGAUGAAGUGGUCUGAAUUGAUCAAUUGCUAUGCAAUAAACUACAUUUUGUAAUCAUUAUAGUUAGAUGAUUUGAACUGUUUCAGAGGAAUUAGUUAUAAUUUAGUUAUAAGGGCUGGAAAAGCCCACUAGAUGGCAAGUGGAACUACUGGAAUCUCAUUGUGUUUUCUUAUUAUUUGUGUAGUAUUUUUACAAAUGUGGCAAGACAUGAUAGGACUUGGGACAAGCCAGUUUGGAAACAAUAAAAGGUAUAACUGUAAAGAUCAUUUUCAGUGGCUCUAAAUGUUUUCCUCAGAACUGUGAUGAUUUUCUGUUGUUUACAGACAUAUGCAAAUGUUUAAACACCCCCCAGUUAAAUUACAUGUUUUGUUCAUUUUGUAAGUGAACAAAAA